GAUUUUUGCUGGUUUCAUCCCAGUCUGUUGGUUUGGUUGUUGUACUCAGUUACGUAGGUUGUUUUUCUUAAGAGCCGAUCUUCCCCUCCCCCUCCCCCUCCAAUCCCUCCUCUUCCCAGUUCACCCCGCGCUCAUAACAGCUUCCUCUCCUUCGUCCCCCCUCCAUCUUCCUCCUUUUCCUCUUCCUUCAUUCUUGCUCUCCCCCAGUUCUUCGCUCUUUUCUAUACCUCCUCCCGUCAGUCUAUCCUUGCCUCUGAUACCCUUUGAUUUCCUUCUUGAAGUAUCGCUGUUCAUCAUGGCUGCCGCCGCCAUCAAGGAGACCGUCUCCAACCUUUUCCACAGCCAGCCCGAGAACGCUCUUCGGGAGCCAUCGCCCGAAGAAUUCCAGCAGCUCAGACAGAAGUAUAUUGAUGCCAAACAAGGUCACGUUUUCGCCUUCGUCGACGAAUUGAAGUCCGCGGAGAAGACCCAGCUUUUUCACCAACUGAGCAAUUUCGACCCCAACCGGAUCAAUGAGUUGGCCGACAAGGCCUUGAACCCUCCAAAGGCCCAGGAAGGUCCUGCCUCCCUGGAACCCCUCCCUGACGUGGCUACUGCCUCUAUCCUGGAUUCGGACCCUAGCGACAUCCAGAGAUGGUAUAAGGAAGGACUUCAGUUGACUGCGGACAACAAGGUGGCUGUGGUCCUGAUGGCUGGUGGGCAGGGAACGCGCCUGGGUAGCUCCGAUCCUAAGGGCUGCUUCGACAUCGGCCUUCCGAGCCACAAGUCUCUCUUCCAGAUUCAGGCGGAGCGCAUCGUCAAGUUGCAGCUUUUGGCCAAGAAGGUUACCGGGAAGGACGCUGCCAUCCCAUGGUAUGUGAUGACCAGUGGUCCUACUCGCAAACCAACUGAGGAAUUCUUCCGCAAGCACAACUACUUCGGGUUGGACAAGAGCAAUGUGGUCAUUUUUGAGCAGGGCGUCUUGCCUUGUAUCUCCAACGAGGGCAAGAUCCUGAUGGAGAGCAAAUCCAAGGCAGCCGUGGCUCCCGACGGCAACGGUGGUAUUUAUCUGGCCCUUAUCACCUCCGGCGUCAGAGAGGAUAUGCGCAAGCGUGGAAUCGAGCACAUUCACACAUACUGUGUCGAUAACUGCCUCGUCAAGGUUGCUGACCCCGUUUUCAUCGGGUUCGCCGCCUCGAAGAACGUUGAUAUAGCUACCAAGGUAGUCCGGAAGCGCAAUGCUACUGAGUCCGUGGGCUUGAUUCUCCAGAAGAAUGGCAAGCCCGACGUCGUGGAGUACUCCGAGAUCGAUAAGGAGACAGCUGAGGCCAAAGACCCUAAGCAACCCGACGUGCUCAAGUUCCGUGCGGCGAACAUUGUCAACCACUACUACUCGUUCCGUUUCUUUGAAUCGAUUGAGACAUGGAGCCACAAGCUGCCUCACCACGUGGCCCGCAAGAAGAUUCCCUGCAUCAACACCGAGACUGGCGAGUUCUUCAAGCCGGAAAAGCCCAACGGCGUCAAGCUCGAGCAGUUUGUCUUCGACGUCUUCCCCAUGACGCCACUGGAGAAGUUUGCAUGCAUCGAAGUGCGCCGGGAGGACGAAUUCUCGCCACUGAAGAACGCUCGGGGCACUGGCGAAGACGACCCUGACACCAGCAAGGCGGACAUCAUGAACCAGGGACAGCGUUGGAUUGAGAAGGCUGGUGGUGUUGUCGUCACUGAGGGUGAAGCCGUUGGUGUUGAAGUCUCACCACUGAUCAGCUACGGCGGUGAGGGGCUGGAAUUCCUCAAAGGCCGUGAGAUCAAGGCCCCGGCGGUCAUUGAGAAGGAGGAGUGAACUUGCCCACGAAAAUUAUCAUAAGCAUCGACCAGCUGGGAUGGAUUAAAGUGCAUGUAUGGACAUAUUCAAGCAUUGAUACUGCAGCUUAACUGCGGCAAAACUUGGGAGGAUAUCGAAGUUGAGGAGCAUGCUUGUGCGUUUACAAAGUGUGAUAGUGUGCUGCUAUAUGCACAUGGCAGAUCAAUAAUACAGAAAAGAACCACGGAACGCUGCGCAGCUGGGGGCAUGGUUUGCCACCCACAAGCCUUGAUUGAAUAGCUCUAUCUCUGGGAUCCAGUGGUUAGAUACACCACUUCUAGUAUAUCAGCUCAUGAAAUGGGACCUUACAGCUUCAGCCGCUGGGGAGCUUUAAGGGCACUGCGUCGCCCAGUCCGUCUGGCUGUACGGAGUAGAUGCAUCGACCAAGAAUUGACCAAUUGCCGGGAUGAGGGUAACACAAUGACAAUUACUGUACUGAAUACACCCUCAAUACAUAAGCACGA